ACUACCGACGCCCGUUCGCAGCCAGGCGCCGCCGAGGCGGCUCUGCGGGCGCGGAGCGAGCGCGGCCCCGGCCCGCCGGCGGCGGCAGGAUGAAGUUCGCCGAGCACCUCGCGGCGCACAUCACCCCCGAGUGGCGGAAGCAGUACAUCCAGUAUGAGGCUUUGAAAGAGAUGCUAUAUGCAGCUGUGGACCAGGCCCCUUCUAUAGAAGACACAGAUGAGGACACGGUGAAAAGAUGUUUUGCCACGUUUGAAGAGAAAUUCUUCCAAACCUGUGAGAAAGAACUUGCCAAAAUCAACAUUUUCUAUUCAGAGAAGCUUGCGGAGGCGCAGCGCAGGUUCACCACGCUCCGCACCGAGCUGCAGUCCACGCUGGACGCGCAGAAGGAGGCCAGCGGGGCCUCCACGCUGCAGCGGCGCCGCAAACCCGUCUUCCACCUGUCCCACGAGGAGCGGGUCCAGCACAGGAACAUCCGAGACCUGAAAUUGGCCUUCAGCGAGCUCUACCUCAGCCUCAUCCUGCUGCAGAACUAUCAGAACCUGAACUUCACCGGAUUCCGCAAGAUCCUGAAGAAGCAUGACAAGAACCUGGAGACGGCGCGGGGCGCGGAGUGGAGGGUGGCCGAGGUGGAGGUGGCUCCCUUCUACACCUGCAAGAAGAUCAACCAGCUUAUCUCCGAAACAGAGGAAGUGGUGACCAACGAGUUGGAAGAUGGGGACAGACAGAAGGCAAUGAAACGUCUGCGUGUUCCACCCUUAGGAGCAGCUCAGCCUGUACCAGCCUGGACGACAUUCAGGGUUGGACUCUUCUGCGGGUUGUUCAUUGCACUGAACGUCACUGUCAUACUUUCAGGUGUGGCUUUUAUAGAUGGACCAAAUGUGUGGCCACUGGUGAGAAUCUAUCGAGGUGGCUUUCUCCUGAUAGAAUUCCUCUUUCUCCUGGGUAUCAACACAUAUGGCUGGAGACAGGCUGGAGUCAACCAUGUCCUCAUCUUCGAGCUCAACCCCCGCAGCAACUUGUCCCAUCAACAUCUCUUUGAGAUUGCUGGUUUCCUGGGUGUUUUGUGGUGCCUGAGCCUGCUGGCAUGUAUAUAUGGUCAAUUCACCUACAUCCCCAUGCAGGUGAACCCACUCAUCUUGUAUGGCUUCAUGUUGCUUUUUCUCAUCAACCCUACCAAAACCUUAUAUUACAAGUCCCGUUUUUGGCUGCUCAAACUAUUGUUUCGAGUGUUCACUGCUCCCUUCCACAAGGUAGGCUUCGCAGAUUUCUGGCUGGCUGAUCAGCUCAACAGCCUGGUGGUGAUACUUAUGGAUUUGGAAUACAUGAUCUGCUUCUACAGCUUUGAGGUUCAGUGGGAGGACAAUGCUGGACUUCUGGCAGAUACAGAUAAUCAGAUUUGUAACAGCUACUCCUACGGAGUGAGAGCAGUUGUCCAGUGCAUCCCUGCUUGGUUGCGAUUCAUCCAGUGCCUGCGCCGUUACCGCGAUAACAAACGGGCCUUUCAUCUGGUUAACGCUGGAAAAUAUUCCACCACCUUCUUCGUGGUGACAUUUGCAGCCCUCUACAGCACUCACAAAGCUAAAAACCACAGUGACACCCAAGUGUUCUUCUACCUGUGGAUUAUCUUCUGUUUCAUCAGCUCUUGCUAUACCCUCAUUUGGGACCUGAAGAUGGACUGGGGUCUCUUUGACAAAAAUGCUGGUGAAAAUACCUUUCUCCGAGAAGGAAUUGUCUACCCACAGAAAGCAUACUACUAUUGUGCCAUUGUAGAAGAUGUCAUCCUGCGUUUUGCGUGGACCAUCCAGAUCUCCCUCACUUCCAUGCAAAUCUUUCCCUACGCUGCAGACAUCAUUUCUACUGUGUUUGCCCCCCUCGAGGUGUUCCGGCGGUUUGUGUGGAACUUCUUCCGUCUGGAGAACGAGCACCUGAACAACUGCGGGGAGUUCCGUGCCGUGAGGGACAUCUCGGUGGCGCCGCUCAACGCCGACGACCUGACGCUCCUGGACCAGAUGAUGGACCAGGAGGACGGCGUCCGCAACCGCCGCAAGAACAAGCAGUGGAAGCGCAGCCUGAGCGUGUCCCUGCGCAGGCCUCGCCUCGCCUCACAGUCCAAGGCUUCUGACACAAAGGUAUUGAUAGAGGACCUAGCAAACGAAGUGAACACAUGAGAUGGCCACGUUCUCUUAUUCCACAUCCUUUGUUUUCUCGUUCUGUUUCCCUCUUCCCCAAGUAACCCGAGCUCUGGUACAGAUCCAGCUGAAAACAGGAGAAAACACUGAACACGUUUUCUGAGCUCUUCCAGACCAGAUCCUAUGGACUCCAACAAGCUCACUGUGUUUCGUUUCUUUUCUUCUGGGUUAAUUUUAAUGUUCUAUUUUAAACAAACAAACAAACAAACAAAAUAAAAUAUUUUACUUUGUUUUGCCAAUAAAGAGGACAGUUCAGGAAAGAA